AUGGGCUGUUCAAUACCUCUCUUAGUGUUAUUUUGUGCCAUCAGUGCCACUGGACAGGAGUACUAUGAAUAUAUAGAUACUGGUGGAAAUUUUGAAUAUUACUACGAUGAAAGCACUGACAGCCCUGGAGAGGUUACUGAAACUACCAUAGAUGAUUGGCUUUUUGAACUACUGGACACUACAGCGGUUGCAUGCAGACCCAAUCCCUGCCAAAAUGGAGGUUCUUGUCUCAAAAGCUCCAAGCGCACCUCCUUCAGAUGCUCCUGUCCGAGUGGCUACACUGGGACAUUUUGUGAAGUUGGGCCUAAUGACUGUUAUCAGGAGGAUGGGGAGACUUACAGGGGGAUGGUGAGUGUGACCGUGGAUGGGGACGAGUGUCUGGACUGGAAUUCUUAUUUCAUCCUGCUAAAUGGAGGAGAUCCAUUCACUGAGUAUGCAGGCUUCGAUGGACUCGGGUCACAUAAUUUCUGCAGGAAUCCAGAUGGAGAAACCCAGCCCUGGUGCUUUAUCAUCCAAAAUGGCCAACUUAGAUGGAAGCACUGCAAUGUUAGGCAAUGCUCCACAACUACUGUGAUCCCUCCCACCAUCUAUGAGAGCGCUGUACCCACCCCAGCUCCAAACAAACCUGAUAUACCUGCUCCCUCUGAGUCCUUCUCCCAGUGUGGACAACCUCAGCCAGGACGCGCCUCCAGGAUUUUUGGAGGAAAGAAGUCCCUACCCGGAGCUCACCCCUGGCAGGUCUCUCUUCAGGUCCGCCCCCGAUACUCCUCUGACCGCUUCAAUCACAUCUGUGGGGGCAUUCUGCUCAGCUCCUGUUGGGUUCUUACGGCAGCACACUGCAUAAAAAAUGAUGUCGAAAUGCAGGUUGUUCUUGGAGGAGUGGACAUUGAAAGGCAGGAAGUAUAUGACCAGACUAUUCCUGUGGAGAGGGCUGUGGUGCAUGAAAACUACAGAGAGUCGCCAUUUGCUCUUCAUAAUGAUAUUGCAAUGCUCAAGCUGAGAGCCACGGACAAGUCUCUUUGUGCCAAAGAAACACGUUUUGUGAAGGCGGCAUGUCUCCCAGGAGAAGUGUUUCCCAGCGGGACAGAGUGUGUGAUCUCUGGAUGGGGAGUGACUGAGACACAGAGAUAUGGCACCAACUAUCUGCUGGACGCUCGUGUGCUACUGAUCUCACAGGACAAAUGUAAAGCCCCUCAUGUCUACGGAAACACAUUGGACGACAGCAUGUUCUGUGCCGGUAACAUGAAUGGGGGCACCGACUCGUGCCAGGGAGACUCGGGGGGUCCCCUGGUGUGCGCGCGUAAUGGGAUUCACUAUGUGGUGGGAGUGGUGAGCUGGGGAGACGACUGCGGCAAGAAGUACAAGCCUGGAGUCUAUGCCAAUGUCGGCAAAUUCACCAACUGGAUCACCAAUAUAGAGUAUGGUUCGGACCACCCCACAGAGCCACCGUUCAGCUUUGACAUAGGCGAUUGGCUGAUAGAUCUCCUGGUUGAUAACAAUGUGUGUGAUCCAAACCCAUGUUUCAAUGGGGGCUCAUGCCAACAAAAAUCAAACACUGAGUUUGAGUGUUUGUGUCAAGAGCCCUAUGGAGGCAAGGGGUGCCAGAAAGUGAAAAAUGUUUGUGAAAAUGUGAGUUGCGGCCAUGGCAUGUGUGUUGUUGACCUGAGUGAACCUCCGUUUUACCAGUGCAAGUGCAGACUACCGUACACCGGGCCUAACUGCAUGACUCUGCCCCUUAGUCCCUGUGCUUCUAACCCUUGCCAGCACGGAGGCGUCUGUAUCCCUGGUAUCAACCGCUUCUACUGUGCCUGCCAAAGAGGAUACACAGGGAAGUUCUGUGAAAGUCUUCCUGGUGACUGUUAUAUCAGAAAUGGAGAGACAUACAGAGGCACAGUCAGUACCACAGAACACGGUGAGGAGUGUUUGGACUGGCAUUCCUACUUUGUUCUGGCUCGUGUUGGAGAUGUUUUCAGACGAUUCCCAGACUUUGAUGGGCUGGAAAAAAACAACCACUGCAGAAAUCCAGAUGGAGACCUCAGACCAUGGUGUUAUGUUAGAAGAAAGAGAAAACUGGUCUAUGACUACUGCAAAAUCAAGAAGUGCCCUGAAGCUCCGACCACUCCAGCUCCAACCACCCCAGCCCCAACCAUGACCCCGAGUCCCAACUCUCCGUUCGCUCAGUGUGGGGUGGGUCGACCUAAAAAAGCCCUCAGGAUCUUUGGGGGCACCAAGGCGUUUCCUGGAUCAAACCAGUGGCAGGCCUCAGUGCAGAUCAGGGACAGAGGCUCCAGUCUGCCCUUCAGGCACAUCUGUGGAGGGAUACUCAUCUCCUCCUGCUAUGUCCUCACAGCUGGACACUGUAUUAACCAAGGAAAAGAGUAUCAGGUUGUUUUGGGUGGAAUCGACAUCCUCAAACAGGAGGACAUGGAUCAGACCAUCGCAGUGACUGACAUGUAUGUUCAUGAAGACUACAAAGAAACUCCUGAGUCAGUACACAAUGACAUUGCACUUCUUAAGCUCGAAGUGACAGACAGCCCUUACUGUGCAAAGGAAACUCCAUUUGUCAAAACUGCAUGUCUCCCAGAUGAGGCCUUCCCUGCUGGAAAAGAGUGUGUCAUCUCAGGAUGGGGAGCAACUGAAACACAGAGCACCAGUAGUCAGCUGUUGAACACGAAUGUAUUUCUGAUCUCCAAUGAGAAAUGCAAUGCUCCUCACAUCUACGCAAAUACACUGGAUGACAGCAUGCUUUGUGCUGGGGUCUUAGAGGGAGGCAUAGACGCCUGCCAGGGUGACUCCGGUGGUCCCUUGGUGUGUGAGACAAAUGGCACUUAUUAUAUAACAGGAGUGGUGAGCUGGGGAGAUGGCUGUGGACAGAAGAACAAGCCCGGAGUGUAUGCAAAUGUUCUGCAGUUUAAAGACUGGAUUUUAAAUAAGAUGAAUUAAAUUUAAUCUAGACUUAAUAUAUUUACAUGCUCUGUGAUGUCAUGAAUCAGUAGUUUUCAAGUUAAGAGCUACCUUUUAACUUUUGUUGAGUAGAGAUUGGCAAUUUCAGGGUUGAAAUCAUCCACAUGAUUCUAGUGAAGGUGUAUAGAGUUUAAAACACAGUGUUUUCUGAUUGAGAGAAGAACUCAUCUUAAAUGCAGGAUUUGCAUGUUAAUCAUGUGUUAAUGAAACAAAAUACAACUCCAGGCUAUCUAAACUUGAUAUAUUUGCACCACUUAAUUGAUUCAACCCUGAAAUAAAAGAACAAUUUGGACAAAAGAAGAAGAAUUUGCUUUGGAAAAAAUAUUUUAUUAGCAAUUAAACCAAGCAUUUACUCCCAGCUCAGCUUUGAGUUACAACGGAUACAUAAAUACUGAACCUGCCAGACAAAACAAGACCUCAAAGUGCAUAAAUUCCACAACCAUUUUGUCUGCCCUCAUCUUCAUCAUCAUUAUCAUCAUCAGUAAAAACUACAAAUGAGUCAAAAAUAUGUACUGUUUGCAGCAACACACAUUGUACCAGCUGCCUGAUUUUUAAACAAAUGCAACAUCAUGUGACCUUUGCCCUUUAAACAACCUAAAUUCAGUUUAUCGAACCAGGUUGCACAUAACCAGGUCAACUUAUUUGUUAACACAUCCCACAACCUACUUUCUCUUCUCUCCUCCUUUCUCAGGCAUUCAAAACAGAAAUAUAUGCUGAAUUUUCUGUCUACUUCAAUCAACAUACCUCUAUCUCUCUUACACCCCCUUCACCAGUUGCACUCUAUUACUUCAUAUGACAAAAUGUGUUUUUGAAGUCAGUAGUUUAAACAAAGCAUAUAUGAAAAAAACAACAUUGAGUUAAAGUUCCAAGAUGGCUCAACCUUUAUCUGUAGAACUUCACUGAACUGAGAUCACGCAAAACAUUUUCCACUUAUUGUUCUUUCCUAGUUAGACCACUUUUCUAGCCCAUCUUGCUUUUUACAAUUAAAAGGUACACUGUGUAGCUUUUUGGUUGGGGGUCCAUAACUUGCUUGUUUCGCUGAAUAUGUCAUUGCUCUGCCUGGAAUGUUCCACGGUAUGACAUUAAACAGCUCUACCUUACAUUUAUUAAAUUACAAGUAGUUUCAUAGCUCAAAAAUACCUAGAAAAACUGGGAUUCUGACUGUGAGUGUGACUUCUGGUUUGGUCGCCAUGAAGAUAGAAUGAUUUAAUACCAUACUGUGA